CACGGGGGGCACGGGAGAGACCGAGUCACCACAAAAAAAAAAAAAUAAUCAGCGCACUCUAGCAACACCACGUCUUUUCACCACCACACCACGAAUACCACGAUAUUCAGUGGUGACAACGAAUUCGUUCGUACAUCUAAAGAGAAUCAGCGUAGUACAUCACAUCAGAUACGUCGUUUGACUUCGUUGGUGUAUUGUUCUCGUAGUAGUCACGUAGUCUAGUUCUUAGUUCACAAGUGAGCGAUGGAUGUGGGUGGAUAACAAUAGUCGAAAUAUUUUAAUGGUGCUUGAAAAUGAUCGAUCCAAAGCUGAUGUUAAAGUUUAGCAACAGUUCGAAAAAAUGAUGACGUUUCCCGUUGAAAUGAAUUUGUAUAAUUACCAAACACGUAUGAAACCCAAUAAAAAUUUAGCAAGUGUGACUGGUAACAAAACAUAAACGGAGAUUAAAAAAAUGUCGAAAUCCGAGAGUAUUUCUGUGAACCUUAUAAACUGGGAUUCUGGAGAAAAAUCGCUAGCGCCUCUGAGCACUCGUCAAAGGGAGUUGCUCGUAAAUUUGGAGCAAGAAAUAAGUUCUGAAACAACUGAUGAAAAUGUCAAAAAAUUAAGAAUCCCAGAGCUACGUCCAGGAGAAAGAAGAUGGAUCAACGGCAUAGAAACUUGUCAGGAAUUGUUACAAAGUUAUACAAAUCUGGAGAGCAAGUACGCAUCCUCCAGUGACACCAAAUACGUGAUUUAUCUGGAUGAGUUGAAAUUGCGUAGACAAGAAUGUCACGAUGUAUGCUUGCAUAUAGAAAAAGCAUUAGAAGACUUUUCAAUACUUGCAAAACAAUAUGCGCUUGUAUCGGCCAAAACUGCGUCGUUGCAUGAUGCAACGGAGCAGUUAAUUUCUGACCAGGAGAUUCUAAAUAGAUUGGCGGAGGAAGUGGCUCGCUAUGUUAAAUAUUACAAAGAGGUGGAUGUAAUGAUGGAGAAAUUAGAAGCACCUACCUUAUCACCCAAUGGAGAAAUGUUCAAUGGUUUAUUGAGCAGGAUAGAUGCAAAUAUUGAUUUCAUGGAGAAGAAUCCAAGCUUCAAAGAGAGCGGAGUUUAUCUUGUCAAAUAUAAGCAUUGCAGAUCCAAAGCAAUGAAUUUGAUGAGAAAUUACUUGUUCGGUCUGUUUGAAAAAGCUACGGAAAGUAUAACAAAUCCUAAAGAUGGAACGAGCACAGGGUUGAGCGAUCCCAGGGAUAGUUCGGACGCUACUUUAGCCCUUUUCUACGGUAGAUUCCAAACGAUAUUGCCCAAAGCAAGACCGGUCAUAGAGCAAAUAGAAUCGAGAUCCUACAAGAGGGACGAGUACGAUUCGCUGCUUGGUGAAUGUCACAGACAUUAUUUGAAUCAACGCGGUAGCGUUUUGGGGCCUGGCGUGGAGGGAGCAUUACGCGCCGUAAAGGAUAGAUACAACGGAGAUCAUUGUACUCUGGUCAGACAUGCCUGUGCCCUCUUAUUGCACGCCUCUGUCGACGAGCAUCGUUUGUUUUAUCAAUUCUUUGCCAAACCAUCGCCUUUUCUCGCCUCUUAUCUCGAAGGUCUCUGUACCUGGUUGUACGACCUUCUUCGUCCGUUUGUUGUCAAUAUUAAUCAUCUCGAGACUCUUGCCGAACUGUGUUGUAUUCUAAGGAUCGAGAUGCUAGAGGAACACGUUCAAAACAAUUUAGAGCCCCUUCAAGGUUUUGGAAACGUUUGUACUCAGCUUCUCCACGACGUGCGCGAGAGGCUCGUGUUCCGUGCGCACAUUUAUCUCCAAACGGAUGUACUGAAUUAUAAUCCGUCACCCGGUGAUCUCGCGUAUCCGGAUAAAUUGAAAAUGAUGGAAGAUAUCGCGGAGUCGAUAAGAGAAGAAAAUCGCCAAACUAGAAUGAAGAAAAUUUCUGUUUCGUCGAGCGAUUAUAUCGGUAGUGGUGGCAGUGGCGGUGGGGGCAUUUCGAGCCGGGGCGGGCUCGAGAAUAUCGUAGGACGAAAUCACCUUGGAUCAGAGCCGCUCGGUCAAAAAUGUAGUAUAGCCAACUCGCCGGCUGAUCUACAUGGAAUGUGGUAUCCUACGGUGAGACGAACUCUCGUUUGUCUCUCAAGACUCUACAGGUGCGUCGAUAGGCCAAUUUUUCAGAGCCUCAGUCGGGAAGCGAUCGAUCACUGUGUCGCUAGCAUCGAGUUUGCUAAAGAAAAAAUCGAAUCGAGAUCUUCGACUCUCGACGCGGAACUCUUCCAGGUCAAACAUCUCCUUAUUCUUAGAGAACAAAUUGCACCUUUCCAGGUCGAUUUUACGGUCAAAGAGUAUUCGUUGGAUUUUUCCAAAGUCAAGACAGCCGCGUUUGGCUUGUUGGAAAAGCGUUCCAGGCUAUUCGCUCUCUCUAACAACGCUCUACUUGAAUUUCUUCUCGAGAGUGCUCCCCGCAUGAAAGAACAACUAAUUGAUUCGCGCAAGCAUGUUGACGCUAAAUUGAAAUCGUCUUGUCAAAGAUUCAUUCAACACGCAUCAUUCAUCCUAAUCGAACCUGUACUAAAACUCUUGGACAGAGCCAAAACCAGUAUCACCAUCGAUGAGAAUAAUACGAUGAGGCAACGUACCUUCGGUGAUGCCCAAGAUAUUGCAGCCAUUGUCGGAGAAUCUCUUCGUUUGAUUAAAUUUAAAUUACCUAACAUACAAAAAUCGAUGCAAUUGUAUCUCGCAAACAGAGAAACCGAAUGCAUUCUCUUCAGACCGAUUAAGAACAACGUUGUAGCAGCUUUUACCCAUUUGUCACAAUUGCUCGCUACGAAUUAUACCGAGGAACAACUGUUACUCAUUGCUUGUCCCCUGCCAGAGCAAAUUUCCGUAAUGCUCAGCUCGUCCAGUCUUGCACAGACCAGAGCCUCGCAAAAUCUGCACCAAGACGACCCUGGGACUGGAGGAGGAUCGUCGACGUGCACCAGAGAGCGAAAAGAAAAUGGAUCGAGUGCUUGCUCCUUUGGAGAGCGUGCGUCUAUCAAAUCUCAAGAUAUUUUUCAACAAAAUGAAACAACUGUCAGGGACGACAACGACGACGGCAGCGAUGGCGGCGAUGAUAACGUGUUUCACUCUCCCGCAAACAUCCCUAAGAUGUAAUCGGCCAAACAUUGCAACACGUUUAAGUCAUUUUUUUUUAUCGAAUAUAGCUCUGAAGUGUUCUGAUGAAGAAUACCUUCCCAAUGCUUUUUUCGAAUAUUUUUCAUAAAAUAGGAUUCGCGUUCUGUUUUAAUAUUUUUCUAUGUUUCCCGAUGUAUGUAUAUUACUAUAAAUUGAAGUUGUUAUAUUAUUUAAGUAGAAGAAUGAAAAUGGAAUAAAAAUACAAAAGACGGAUCUCAA